AUGAACGGCACACAUACUCCCGGCACAGCGGCCGUCAAUGGCUUACAUCGAAGCAACGGCACCAAUGGCACUUCGACCAAUGGGAUCAACGGCACCACAACAUACGAGGACUUUGACGUUGUCAUCAUUGGCGCCGGUAUUUCAGGGAUAAACUCUGCAUACCGUCUGCGCGAAGCCUUCCCAGACCUCAAAUUUGCCAUAUUGGAGCGUCGCAACGUCAUCGGAGGCACUUGGUCCUUUUGGAAGUACCCAGGCAUUCGUUCAGACAGCUCCCUGUCGGUCUUUGGCUUCUCGUGGCACAGCUGGCCCCACGACAUCGACUUUGCCCCGGCCCAUCUCAUCACCGAGUACAUCGAAGACGCCGUCAAGACCCAAGGGCUCGACAAACACAUUCGGUUCGGAUAUGAUGUCAAGUCCAGCUCCUGGUCGAGCGAUGAGCAAAAGUGGACGUUGGAAGUGGAGGCGCACCAACAGAAAGAAGGCAGUGAUGAUGAUGUGCGCCACGUCAGGAUAAAGACUGGCUGGAUAUUCAUGUGUAGUGGAUAUUACGAUUAUUCCAGGGCACGCGAGGUCGAUAUUCCGGGCCUCGAGAACUUUAAGGGCGAGGUUGUCCACCCGCAGUUCUGGCCUGAAGAUACCGACUGCACGGGUAAGCGCGUAGUCAUUGUCGGCUCGGGCGCAACCGCCAUCACCAUCAUGCCGGAUAUUGUCGACAAGGCCGCCGAAGUCACCAUGCUGCAGCGCAGCCCAUCCUACGUCUUGGCUCUUCCGAAGAAGGACCGCAUCAGAAACUUCCUCCGCAGGAUUUUGGGCAUUCGCUUGGCAAGCCAGAUCGACUUUUGGCGCCGCUGCUUACUGGAAGUCUUCUUUGCGCAGGCAUUCCUCCUAAGAUUUCCCCAGGCAGGGCGCAAAUACUUGGCAAUGGAAGCAAAGAAGAACUUGCCGUCGGAUUACCCCUUGGAUGUGCACUUCAACCCGCGCUAUGACCCCUUUGAGCAGCGACUCUGCAUGUCACCCGAUGGAGACUUUUGGAAGGCCUUAAACCGACCCAACUGUCAAGUCGUGACGGCUACCAUCGAUACUUGCGACGAAAAAGGCAUCGUGCUCAAAAACGGCCCCAAAGGUGUGCAUACACCCGAGAGGCUAGACGCCGAUAUGAUCAUCACGGCGACGGGUCUUUACGUGCAAAUGCUCGAUGGCAAGUCCCCUGUCGUGGACGGCAAAGUGAAGCCGACCAACGAGAGCUACAUCUGGCGCAGUUGCAUGCUUGACGGCGUGCCCAACGCGUGCUCCAUCCAGGGAUAUGUGGCUGGUUCAUGGACACCCGGCGCCGACAUACGAAUCAAGACGGCGCUGGCCGUCAUGAAGCACCAGAGGAAGAUUGGAGCCACAUCAGCCACGCCUUACAUGUCCCCAGAGGAGAGGAGGAGCAUGCCCAAGCGGCCUGUCAUUCCAAAUAGCUCGACGUACCUCAAGGAGGCGAGGAGUCGACUGCCGUUGGUGGGUAAUAAGGAUCCAUGGCAGUACGGGUCGAAUGUCGCGGCGGAUAUGUGGCGGUAUUACACGGGGGGUGUCACCAAGGGGAUGAAGUAUGCGAUGCCAGGGAACAAAAAGGAACAUGAUGACUGA